UUUUAAAGAAAGAAUGUAAAAAGUUAGUCUAAAAAUGGUAAUUAUUCUUCAGUUAAACUUAAACCCCUCCGACAGUGUUGACUGUUGAGUAUCAGAAAUGGCUCUCUCUGUCACCCCUACCACACCCUACUACACUACUUGUUCCCUCUCUUUCCGCCAUGAACGCACUAUCCCUUCCUCACUCCAUAUCAAUCAACUCCACCACUAUCCCAUUCUCUGUUGCGCCGCCGCCAAGUCCCAAACUGGUCCAGUCGAGAAGAACCGCCAUUCCUCUUCCGCCAAUAAGAAGAGGAAGAAAAAGCCCAAGCGACCCAUUGACCAACGCGACCACAUCGACGAUUCCGAGGGGUUGAGCUUCAGUGAGGUUGAAAUUGUCAAGUCUGAGUCUGUUUCGCCUGGGGUUGAGGCCUCGAUUUCCGGCUCGGAUUCUCGCUCUUUGGGUAACUAUGCUACGCCAAUGCCGAAACCACCAGCUGGGUUCUUGGUGGAUGACCAUGGAAAGGUUCUAAUGGCUUCCCAUAAGCGAAUCGCUACCAUUGUGGAUCCUACCAAUAAUUAUCCUUUGGAGUGUGUUAUAAGGAGGAUAUUCAAAAGUUCGCGAGGGGAUGAUUGUAUGUUGCUAUGUCCAGCUGACAUGCCUGUUCAGAUAUUGAAGAGCACAAAUAUUGAAGGCUGGUCAGCUGUAAGCGAUGGAGAAGUUGAAGCAAUUCUUCCCUCUGCUGAUUAUGCCCUUGCAAAGAUUCAUAUGCAUUUAGUACAUAGCGGAUUCUGCUAUACAGCACGAGGAGGAUUUUGCUACUCGGAAGAUGAUAUAUUUGAUUUUCGCACAGAUGACGGUCAAGAUGUAGAUGGGUUACCAACUGAGGGUGUAGAAAUUACAUGUUUCCAUUUGGAUGGUACACAUUACAUGAUAUAUACCCCAUCCGAUCCACUUCUAUUUGUUGCCGUAAAGGACAAUAAUGGACUUUUGCAAAUUGCUGAUGAUGAUCUACUGGAUGACCCUGCUAUAAUAAGCGCCAUAGAUGAGGAGACUGAAUUCAAUGCUUUGGUGGAAGAGGAAGCUGCUCUACUUGAUUCUUUGUUAGGGAAAGAAUAAUAGUGUAAAGUAAGAAGAGCUGCCCAGGGGUGUCUGGACUGGCCAUUUAUAUGGCUGUAAAUGUGGGGAAGAACUUGAAAUCUUGCACCAUUAGAUGCCGUUAGCAGCAUGUUUUAUUUGGUGUAUAUGGUAAAUUUUGUUUCCAUGUUUAAUACGCGAGGACUUCACUCUACUGAGUGUACUCAAUAUCAGUUUUAGGCAUUUUUAUUAGUAUUAGUGUAAUAGUAACGAUGUUUGAAUUUGAAAUAGUGGGCCAAUGAUAUGUUUUUAUUAGAGAUUA